GGUCCAACUGUUUAUUUGUUAGAACGUUUAUUUUAACACCACUAAAAAACGUACAACUCGCUUGUCUGUGUCUUGUUACACUCAUUAGCGUGUGCAGCUGUAGCCGUAGCGUCCUCAGUAACCGUCAUACAGGAUUCCUCUAUGGUACCAAAGCAGCAGUAAAAAGGGUUGAACUCAAAAUCCAUCAGCAAAAUUUAAAGUUUGAAUAAGGGAAAAAUCCUGGCACGCAUUUGCGCAUCCAUCUUUCUCUUCUGUUUUGACCCGCCCCUAUAGCUCCUAGCCAAUGACUGAGGAGAUCUUUAAUCACGUGGUUUUGUUUACAAAGUUUGGUCCAAAACAGGAAGCAGGGAGGCUGAGGAGGCUCAGGGAGGCUCAUUGGCGGUCUAUGGGGAGGCUCAAUGAUAACAUUGUGAAGUGGGCGGAACCGACAAGACGCAAAAGGCGGUGGCUCAGAGAUUGAAUCGUUUUACUUCCGUGUAUUAAAAGGUCCCCAAAAACGACUCAUAUUUCCUUUGGGGUAAAAGAGUAAAAGAUUGUUUUAUUUUUUAUACUUAGUACAACUACAGAGUAGCCAAAAAAGUACUGAAGUAAAGUACUACAUUUACUCAAGUAUUUUACAUCACUGAAUGCAAGUUAGUGAGCAGAGAAAGGAAAAAAAAACUUGUAACCAACCAGCUGUGAAAAAAAUUAAAAGUAAAAAAAAAAAAAUUAUCAUUCAUAUUAUUGUUAUUUUGAAAAUAUAUAUUGUUGACACCACCACACGUUGUUUUUGUUCCAUCAUUCAAAAUUUUUUUUUUUUUUUGUCUUUGACACUUUUUAGUAAAACCUGACCAAUUAAAAAAAUACAUGGGUAAAGAUUUAAAAAAAGAAAUGAUAAAUACAACGCCUGCAGGGGGCCCCAUCUUUAUUGUCCGCCUGGGGUCCCCAAACUGCUAACUCCGCCACUGACCUCUCCAAGCGCGCAUGAUUGAAGUGUCAGUUCACUAUUAAAACUGUUAAUCAUUCAUCAUUGAUGCAUUCACGGUUUGUGUCCCAGGUGAGAACGGUUGUUUUUUCCUCAAGGUGAAGAAAAUAAAAGCACAGCUGCGCGCCCGCCACACAGCAAAUUACAUCUCAGACUGGGGUUUAAUUUUGAAAUUCCGUACCGGAAGCGCGUCUUUUUCUCCCCUCGCUCUUGAUCCUGUGAAUUACUCUCGGAGCGCCACAAGAACCUAACAGAGGCGCAGCUGCUCCCUGACUCACUGACACACAAAAGCCAUCAGUUCUUUAAGUUUGAUUUUUUUUUUCAAAAUAUACAUUUUUUUAGGAUUUAGUCUUUAUAAACUGUUUUUUUGUCCUAAAUGUUUUUUCUUCUUUUUCUUCUCCCCAAGAGCAGAAUUUGAUGAUGAAGAGGCAACAUUUGACAGGGAAGGGCCCCGCUGGAGAGCUUUUACGCAUCGUGGAGCGUUUUCUCAGAUUGCUGCGUUAAAGAAAAAAAAAUCCUUCCAGAGGUUUUGUGCGCUGCUGCAGACUAAUGAAGUACGGACCUGUGGUUCUCACCGCCGGGCUCACCGGCAUGCUCAGCUUCAUCCUCCUGGCUGUUGCAAUUGGAACUGAUUACUGGUACAUAAUCGAUGUAAAUAAACCCAACUGCACGGGUCCUGAUGACCUGAGCUCGCACUCUGGAUUAUGGAGAAUCAAUGAAGGAGCAAAUAAGAGUUCAGUCAUUACUCCUUUCACAGCCAACAUGUCCAGUCUGUCAGAGACAGAGAGGCAUCUCAUUGGCUUGCACAGAGUGGUGGUCAUCAUGCUGCCUCUCAGUCUGGUGCUGCUGGUGUUGGGCUGGAUCUUUGGACUGGUCAGCUCGCUGGCCUGCAGUCCCAAGCUGCUGGCCGCCUCAGCGUGCUACUUCCUCGUCUGCAGUGUUUCCACCCUGUCAGGGGUCAGCACAUACAUCAAAUACUCCAACCUCGCCAUGGAGGAGUUCCAGCGGAUCGUGCCCCCUGAAAACCUCACCUUCGUGCACGUGUCGUUUGGCUGGUCGCUGGCCACGGCUUGGCUCUCCUACAGCCUGGAGGUGGCAACCGGCCUUCUGCUCAUGCUGGCAGCCAGGAUCAUUCAAAUGAAGGGGCACUACGACUCGGGCGUAGCCAUCGCCAUGUUAUAACCAAACAAACAAACCAGUUUUGUGUCUAAUUGUGGUUGUUACAUAUUUGUUAUUGUUCAUAAAGUGUAAUAGACCAACAAGAGGUUAAUCCCAUGCCUGUAGGUAAAACACAAACUCAGACAAAGAAUCUGAUUAAAUUAGGUUGCUGGACAUCUUUUUCUUCAUUGUUGCUGCCAGCAGGUUAGAGCGCUGCCUUUCAUCUUGUGCUGUUUUCUCUCCAUUGUCCAUUUUUACUAUAAUGUCACAUGAAACGAAGCCGACGAUUCACAGGGUAAUUACAGCCUUUUUUUUUCUAGCAUUGAUUGUAUUAACGCUGUAUGCUUCUAGCCUUGUUGUGGUGUCAAUAUUUCCUUAUUCAUGUGUUGGGGCUCUCACACCUCACAAAGGAUGCCAGCACCCCCCUCCGCUCCAGUGUUUUCUAAAUGUGGCUUGCAUUAGUGCUGCGGUGUGUUUCAUUGAGAGCUCUGUGGAGCAAACCACCACAGGACCGCGGCGCACAGUAAGAGGGGGUAUAGUUUCUAAUAAUUCCUAACAGACUAGCUGCUAAAUUGCUGCCCGGUGUGCCUGAGAUGAAAAAAAAAAA